ACAACUGAUGGGACAUAACACUUUUAAUAUUGGAUAUCUUUCCUCCUAUUAGGAUAACUAUACUCUGGGGCCGCUCUAAACUUCUGGAAACGCAAACGAGCAAAAAUACUUCUAUUGAUACAAAAACUGAGAAGCAGUGAUGGUUGGAAAAGAGCUCGUGCCAACUGCAACAAUCAAGUUCUUUGGUGCAGGAACUGCGGCCUGCAUAGCAGACCUGAUCACCUUUCCCCUUGACACAGCCAAAGUCAGACUGCAGGUCCAGGGAGAGAAUGUGAAAAUAGAAGGGGCCAAUGCGACAAAGUAUCGGGGAGUAUUUGGCACCAUAGCCACUAUGGUCCGCACCGAGGGGCCCAGGAGUCUGUACAAUGGACUGGUGGCAGGUCUACAAAGGCAGAUGAGCUUUGCUUCAGUCCGAAUCGGCCUUUACGACUCCAUGAAGCAGUUCUACACUCGAGGAACAGACAGUGCAGGGAUUGUGACCAGGCUCAUGGCGGGCUGCACCACAGGGGCCAUGGCUGUAGCAUUUGCUCAACCCACUGAUGUGGUGAAAGUACGCUUCCAGGCGGAGGUCCGAAUGGGAGACUGUGAGAGAAGAUACAACAGCACAAUAGAUGCUUAUAAGACCAUCGCUCGAGAUGAGGGCAUCAGAGGACUUUGGAAAGGGUGCAUGCCAAAUAUCACUCGUAAUGCCAUAGUGAACUGUGCAGAACUGGUGACCUAUGACAUGAUCAAAGAGCUUAUUCUGAAGUACGACCUCAUGACAGAUAACCUGCCAUGCCACUUCACUGCCGCCUUUGGAGCGGGCUUUUGCACCACAGUGGUGGCCUCUCCUGUGGACGUGGUGAAGACACGCUUCAUGAACUCAGCCACUGGCCAGUACAGCAGUGCCAUCAACUGUGCAUUCAUCAUGUUAAAGAAUGAAGGACCCAAGGCUUUCUACAAAGGGUUCAUGCCAUCUUUCCUCCGAUUGGGUUCCUGGAAUAUUGUGAUGUUUGUUUCUUAUGAACAAAUCAAAAGAGGGAUGACCAGAGCGCAGCAAUACUGGGAGUCACCCUUCUGACACCCAGAAACCUGGUUUUAGGAAUGAAACAGAACACCCUCCAGUGGCCCCUGGGGCCCAAAGUGAACAGUGGUGAAAAAAGGGUACGGGACAUCCAGUCUACAAGAGAUACCAGCAAAAGCCCCCAGCAGAGCAGUGACUAAAUCAAGGAAAAAAGGACAAGCUGUGACAGUAGCACUAAGAACAAAGACAUAAACUCUGGGUGCCAAAUGGAAGAAGCAUUAAGGGACUUUUCAGGAAAUCUGAGCUCUUAAAUGAUCAUUCAGGUUUGAAAAUUUAGUGAUUCCAGUAACUGUUAUGCACAAAGUAAACCAGCAGGCUGGUUACUGUAGCGAUCUGUUUACAUGUAGUGUGUUGUAUUUAAACUUGUAUAUGUGUAUGUAUUGUUUGUAUCUUUCUUUCUUUCUGGGCAUGUUUACUCAACAAUGUAAAUAUGUUGUUUAUAAGCGAUUGUUGCUGGUCAAUAAACACAAAACAAAAAUAU